AGUGGCUGAGUGACUUGCCCCAAGGCACACAGCUGGGAGCGCGGGUACGCCGGUGUCCAGGUCCGCUCUCUUCCCUCCGCCUGCACGUGCGGCUCCAUUUCCUUCCGCGCUCGCGUCCGGUCGCCGCCGCCCCUCAUCCCCGCCCGGGUUCAUUUCGGCGGCAGGAAGACAGACCCCGCUUGGAAACCGAGGGCGGGGUGACCCCGCGCCACGAACCAGACGGCGUCUCCGGGCAGGGCUCCCCGCUCCACGUCCGGGGUCGGCAGUGCGGGGCCGCCCGGGGCCCGAAGGACGGCAGAUCGGGGCCCGCGCCCCGCCGGCACUGGGCGCGGGGGGGUGGGACCAGGCCCCGCCCCCGCGGCCCCUCUCCGAGCGCCCGCACACCUGCGCACCCCUCCCGCCGUCCCUCCCCCAUCCCCGCUGGGAGUGUCCGGGGGCCUCGCCCAGCCAGGUCCGGACGCGCACCCGACAGCGGCGCGGGGACGCCGGCCGGGAUCGCUCCGUCCGGCUGCAGCGGCCACGGCCGGGGCGCCGUGUCGGGGCCGGGAUUGGGGCCAUGCUGGGCCGGCGGCGCGUCUUCGCCGUGGAGCCGCUGGGCGGCCGGGAUGGGGCUGGCGAGGACCUGGCACGUGGCUGUGUAGUGCCUGGAGUCACCAGCACCUACAGACGGAUCCCGGAUGCCGCUCCAGGGUGGUCGGCAGACUCCUGCAAGGGGCAUGGCCGGCUGAGAGCACCUGGGAGGCAGGUGCCGCUUCUCAAACUGGCCUCCCAGGACUCAGGAGUGGAGAUGGUGGUUGGGGACAGGUCCCUAGCCACCUCACCGGGCCUUUCUCAAGACUCUCUGAACUCUGAGCCCAUGCAGAACGCUGAGCCCCUGGCCCUGGGUGCCAUGGAGCCUCCUGCCCGCCUAAGCCGGCUUCUAGCCAGCCGUAAGCUGGAGCAGGUGCUGGAGCGGUCCCGCCAGCUCCCGACUUCCUCUGCCAGCUUGUCACAUUACCGCUCCCCAAAGCCGCCAAGCAACUCUGAGUAUGAAAUGCCCCUUUUUGGAGCAGGAGGACAGGAGGCCACCAAGGCAGAGAGUGUCCUAGAGGCAGGCCUGGAAGAAGCAGAGGUGGGGGGCUUGGGGCCUGAAGCCUGGGCCUGCCUCCCAGGGCAGGGUCUUCGCUACCUGGAACACCUGUGCCUGGUGCUGGAGCAGAUGGCGAGGCUGCAGCAGCUCUGCCUGCAGCUGCAGACUCAGAGGGCCCCUGGGGAUCGUAAAGAGGAGGAGCCGGCCCUGGCGCCUUCACCUCCACCCUCUCACGCCCCGGGCAGUGAGGUACACGGGCGGUGGGAGCGGCUCAGCCAGACAGAGGAGACAGGAGCAAGCACAGCUUCACCCCCAAAGGUAGGGGUGCCCAGCGCCAGCCCUUCCAGGCUGUCAGAGGCCCUGGCAGAGCCAGCUCACACCUUUCCAUCCUCCCAGGGGCACAGGCGGGAUCUCUCCCACUGGAACAAGGUCAAGGUCCUGCUCAACCGGAUCCGGUGGAGGAGCCCUCGACCUGCUGAAGCCGCUGCCCCUCCUGAUGGCUCUGCCCCCAGGAUUGCAUCAAGGGACCUCCCUGAAAGGCCUCCAGGCCAAACCCUCCAGAAGACCUUUAUGCCAUCAUUAGUGGUUAAGAAGCAACGAGCAAAAAACCUUACUGUAUGCUGAGACUUCCUGGUGCAGGGAUGUAACCCCAGCUGGGGGGAGUGCAGUGAAGUCUUCUUCCUCGCCCUCUGCCCUGUUGCUGCUUCUGGGCACUGCCAGGAAAAGCUGUUGACCCUCAGUUUUCUCUCUGAGGCAAGGGCUGAGUCUUUCUCCUCUGAGCAGCCAAGGAACCCUGGGUCCCUGAGAGGCCCCAAGGUGCAGCAGCUCUCGGGCUCCUCCCUGGUUGCCAGAAAUCCCUGGGCUUAGGCAAUGUGAACUUACUGAUUCAUCUGGCGUCCGUGGAGUGUGUUUGGCGUGGUGAUCUGUUGGGGCCCAGCGUGUCGCUGGGGACUGUGGGACUGUCAGUGUUGUGAACUGGCUGGAUCCAACCAUCUCUCUGGAAUCAUGCACUCAAAGAGUCAGUCUUCAGGGUGAGGUAACUGCAGACGAUGGACUUGACCUUCACUCCUGAAUGGACAGUUACUGAUCUGGCGUCCUCCCUUCCUCCUCAUACUUGCACGGGCAGCCCCAGGACAGAGAAGGGUGCUCUCUUGGCUGCCUCUGCAUUGAAUCUUGCCUGAAGACUGCACCAGGGAUGGGAGUCAAGGACAACAUGGGGAACAGCAGAGUAAUCUUCAAGGUCUAUGCUCAGCUGCUUUACUCCUUACUAGCCUUUCCACGUCACAGCUGAAACCAGAGGCCCAUACUAGCUUUUAGACCUUGACAAAAAUCCCUUAACUUUUCUGAGCCAUAGCUUCCCACUUAAUCUCCCAAAUGGUAUAAUGAUGCCUGUCCUACCUACCUCACAAGCUUGUUUUGAGGGUAAAGUGAGAUUAAACUGUCUC